AUCUUCCGGGACUCUGCUCGAGACCGAGCUGAAGCGAGAGCUUGCAGGGGGAUUUCCAGCACGCGCCCCGACUUCCCGAAGCAGUCGUUGUUUUGCUUUCGGUCUGAAAGCAGAAACAGAAAUAAGCCACCGGCACCAUCUUUUUUUUUUUUUUUUUUUUCUUCCACUGUUGCAGUUUAAAGCCUCCGGCUACCGGGCGCGUUACACCCCGACAAGCGGCGCCGAGGAGCCACAGGCCGUCCAAGCUGAGAAGGUCACCAUGCCCGUGGAAAGAAUGAGGAUGCGGCCGUGGCUGGAGGAGCAGAUCAACUCCUGUCAGAUCCCAGGACUGAAGUGGGUCAACAAAGAAAAGCGGAUCUUCCAGAUCCCCUGGAUGCACGCGGCGCGACACGGCUGGGACCUGGAGAAAGACGCGCCGCUCUUCAUGAGAUGGGCCAUUCAUACCGGGAAGUACCAGCCCGGCGUGGACCGUCCUGAUCCAAAGACGUGGAAGGCCAACUUCCGCUGCGCCAUGAACAGCCUGCCUGACAUCGAGGAGGUGAAAGACAAGAGCAUCAAGAAGGGAACUAACGCCUUCAGAGUUUACAAGAUGCUCUCGUUCACGGAGAGAAGCUUGAAGAAAGGAAAGAAGAAGGCGGACAAGGAAGGAAAGUCAAAGGGAGGCAAAGAGGGAGCCUCUCUGUCCCCUAACUCGACUUUUUCCGAAGCCUACGCCGGCCCCAUCGACUGCUCCAGACAGGCAGCGCUGAAAGAAGAGGCGCUGGAGCUGACGGUGACCCACAGCGGAUCAGCGCUCCACAGUUCAGCCGGGGAGCACGUGAUCCAGAGCGAGCAGCUGCCCGACGUGUGCCAGACGAUCGAAGUGACCACCGAGAACGAGGAGCAGACCGUCAGCUCCUCCCACUCGUACCCGCUUCAGAUCUCGCCGGUGUCUUCGUGCUGCGGCAGCGACACGGAGAGCGACACAGAGGACAACAAAGAGGCGGUGGGCCUGACGUGGAAGCAGGAAUCCCCGUCGGUGCUCCGGAUCCCUCCGUGUUCCCUCCCCGGCAUGGCCACCUUCGUCAGCCCGAGCAAGCCCAACUUCAGGGUGACCACCCUGAAGGACCCCACGCCCCUCAUCAGCUACCACAUCGACGGCUGGACGCCCGCCCGCACCCACAGCCCGCACUCGCCCACGCCGAGCAGCCACGCCCACGAGGCGCGCGCCAGCGUCAUCAGGAAGACCUCUGACGUCACGUCCUCCUGACCUCUGACCUCAGACGGGGGCGUGUCACUGGGCAUAGGAAGGACAGAGAACAUUUGGUUUUUCCACCAGGGUGACGUGGACCUCCAAACCCUCGGUUCACUUUAACAUCCGUGUGGAUCUUCAGUUCUCCCAGUUUUCUACUGACUAGCGCUCAGCUGGCUUCACAGGUCCGCCCAGUGUGUGGGGGAGAGGGGGCGGGUUCUAUGGUCUGCAGACCACUUUUACGUGAGGGGGAGGAAAGGACCGUACGGACCCCCCUCCGUGUGCCACUGGCGCGGCGGUUGGCUGCCGCCUAAGUAGCUUAAAAAUGGCUUUCAGUAGCGAGAGGUUCUCAGCGUUUUUACAGCUCCACUUACCAAAGAUGAUUUUAAGGCAAUCCGUUAUUUUUGACCAGCUUCGUGUUGCUGCAGCCUGUCUGAAAUCACGUCCUCCUGUUCUUUAGCUGCGCGGCCUUCUUGAACUGUCCCCCCCCAAUCAUGUCGCGUCUCUGUUUCUGCCCAGGCUGAGCGCCUAACUGCAGUUCAGGUCAGCAGAUGAGACGUCAAAGGACUAUUUAUAUUCUCCGUCAGCGGAGAGCAGGCCGCCCGGAUGUGCCUGCCUGCCUGCCUGGACCUCAGGGCACCGGACUCAGAGCGCACUCAUGGAUGUCAGCAGGCGUCCCCCCCCAUCCCCGGUGUCCUCUGUGUACAUAGCUCGUUUGUUUGUGGGUUUGUGAUCGCUUUAGCACCUUCCAAACAGCACUGGUGUGUGUGUGUGUGUGAGUGUGUGUGUGUGAGCGCGAGAGACGGGGAGCAAAGCUUUACUGCAGAUAUGUGCCUUUUUGAGGGUGGGGCUGCGUUCGCACUAGUCCUGAGCCUCACGCUGGGGAAACUGUGAGGGAAUCAGCAAAACGGCAAGGUUCUUCAUAUAGAAAUAUGUUUCUUCCCCCUGGCAAGUUGGGGUUCAGAUUAGUUUUUCAUUCACCUGCAAAGAAGUUUGUCUGUGACAGGAAGUGAAAAGGCAUCAAAGGAUGACCUUUGCGUUUCAUCACUUCUGUGGAAUCCUCAUCAUGGCCGGCGGGUUUGUGGCCUGCCCACUUCGUUUAUCGAGCGCGUUUAAAUACGGCCUCCGUAGCACUGCACAGUUGUGAUAUGAAUAAGUACGUCUCCACUGGGGUUUAGACAGGUUAGUCUUGGGUUUUAUACACAUGGGUAAUUGAUCCGACCAUCUGUUGGGAGUAGAGCCUCAUUCAGCCAACUCUACCUUCAGAAGAGUCCUGCGCUGCGUUUGGUGUCCGUGGCACGGCUGUCGGAUGGGUUUCUGUCCUGUAAGCGAGGGAAUCCACCACCGGUCUCCUUUCAGCCAGCUGACCAGUAGCGUGCAGCUAUAAUAAUAAUAAUAAUAAUAAUAAUAAUAAUAA